AUGUAUUCGACAUGCUGGCAGGAAAAACGCAUUUUAUUGGACAAGUGCAAUGGUGUGCAGGUGUCGGGCGAGUCGAGAGGAACAGUCGAAUGCAAUUGCUGGAGGACGCAAGACGCCGUUUUUUCGCCCCCACCAUCUUUCCGUAACGUGAACCGUAACACGCAAGCUCUGGUUGCAUGGAAAGUGGAGGGAACGAAGAUUUCUCGUGUCAAACCCGCUAUUUCUACACCCAGUGCAUUUCCAGUGUACAUAUGGUGUGAUGACCAGCGAAUUCCUGCUGGGAGCGCACAACCAAACUGAAACUGGACUCUUACCAAUCAAUUAACCAGCCAAUUUUAAUUGAACAUUCGUUGCAAAAUCGAGGAGAUAAGUCGAAAUUGACGAAAAAAAUUGUGGUACAAUUAUUUCGAUAUAAAUACUUAUGUGUAGUGAAGUGAACUUGACUUGUGAUACGAUAGACUAUCUGCUGUUUUUGAAAUAUUGCUGACAUUAGGCUGGUCCUGUUUAUUUUGUGAAGUCGUAUCAAUCGCACGUCUACUCAGAAGAUGCUUCCGUUUAUUUUGCUUCCAUGACACAGAUAAAAGGCCAAAUCAAUAGAAUUUUGUAUGAUCUAUCUACAUUCUAUCUACAUCUGAAACGCCCAAGCAGAAGCAGAAAGAGCCGAUGAAUUUUCUGGGUAGACCACUAGCGAGGUAUAGAGUUCCUACGUGAUUGUUAUAUUGUAGGAACUUCAUACCGUGCUCUUGGAUGUACCGUUUUAACGUCGGACGUGUCGGCAAAACGAAGAUAAGCCCGUUUUGACAGUCAGCCGAAGAAGCAGGAAGAUAAUUUUCAAUAAUCCGUUUUAUUUAUUGCCAAGCCGAUGUUUUAAAUUAAAUUGAAUAAUUUGAAUAAAAUGUUUAUUAAAAAAUCCUGGCACACCUGUAACUUGUCUAAGC